AUGAGCGCUAUCCUACCCCGUCUGUCUCUCCGAUCACCCGUAUUCAGAUCGCCCUUGAGCGCAUCUACGAUAGCGCACAGGAGCAUAUGUACCACCCAGGUCAGACGAGACGUCUUAUCCGAACUCGAAAAUCAGCUUCAUCCUCGAGAAUUAAUAGAAAGGAAGAGGAAAGAGUUCGAGGAAAAGUAUGGAGAUAAGCUGAAUAAGAAGGUCAAGUCUGAAGGAGUUGAGGAUCUCGACUCACUCAAAUUGAAAGUCCUCGCUCCGUCGGUCAAAGCAGCGUUGAAAGCCAAGAAAGCGAAAGAAGCUGCUGCCGCUGAAGUGAAUUUAGAGCAAGAAGAAAAGCAAUUCCGAGAAGAUGUGAAAGGUCAGCAGAGCGCGAGUGAGAGAUUAUCGGAUGCUGUGGAAAGACGAUUGAAAGAGAGAGAAAUUAAAAAGAGGCAAGGUAUAAGUGCGAGUGGUGAGAAUCAGGCGGAAGGUGAUAGAGCUGGUAUAAAGCCCUUAUCAUCCAUCAUCAACCUUCCUCUUAUCCAUCUCACACCUCACGAUGCCAAUGCGAUCUCCCAAAUAUGGACAGCUUACCAUACUUCCCAUCCGACAUUGUCCAACUCUUUCCUAUCGGCCACUCUACCAUCGGCAGUAUACAAAUCGAUGAUAUCGAUUGCCAAACAGAACCCAUUCUUCGUCUUACCCCUACCUCGACUUACCGAACCUACGGGUGAAACUCAGGAAGCGAAGAAAGGAGAAGUCAAGACAGACGAAUAUGAGAUGUUCUAUCUCCAAUGGAUAUUCCAUCCAACCUCGACUGCAUCCCUCCCUCCUUCGGACGCUACCAACCCUGAACCUCUACCUCUGACAAGCAGUGUCAUUUUCACCCCCUUGGAGGAAUUCAAGAAACAGGGUGAAUGGGCUCAACCGUACCUCGUUCUCACCCAUUAUCCUGAACUUGUCCAAUCACACGAUAUUGUAUUGAUGCGAGGCGAAAUAUCACCUGCAUCUGCUUCUGGUCCAGUAGGAUCAACGACGAAUCCUGGUUUUUUACUGUCGCAACAACAGGCUCAAUUACUUGCUUUGGCACUACAGAGGUUUUACUGUACUUCCAUUGAAACCCAGGGGGAAAGUGAAAAGCAAAAGCAGGAUAGAUUGUCUAGAGCAAAUGCGUUGGUGAGCUUCAGGGAAAGACCGGAGGAAUGGAGUUGGGAGGGUUUGGUGGAGAAGGCUUAUGGUGGUUUGGUAUAG